UCGAUGACAGUGAAUUUGAACCAGCGCGCUGGUUCAUUGCGUGGUUCCGAAAUCGGUUUGACGUCAACCAGUUAUCGUUUCUUCUUUCUUUUUUGACGUGACCAGCGAGAAAAAUGGUAAAGGUCAAGUGCUCCGAGCUGAGAACCAAGGACAAGAAGGAGCUCACCAAGCAAUUGGAUGAGCUCAAGAAUGAGCUCCUCAAUCUGCGUGUGGCUAAGGUCACCGGAGGAGCGCCUUCCAAGCUCUCCAAGAUCCGUGUGGUGCGCAAGGCGAUCGCUCGCGUCUACAUUGUCAUGCACCAGAAGCAGAAGGAGAACCUGCGCAAGGUCUUCAAGAACAAGAAGUACAAGCCCCUGGAUCUGCGCCGCAAGAAGACUCGCGCCAUCCGCAAGGCUCUGUCGCCUCGCGAUGCCAACCGCAAGACGCUGAAGGAAAUUCGCAAGCGUUCCAUCUUCCCUCAGCGCAAAUAUGCCGUCAAGGCAUAAAUAUUGCAACAAUUAGUUCUGUUGCAUUUCUUGAGGACGUUAAGAGUUAUCCAGCAAAUAGAAGAAAACGAAAAAUAAACAAUUUUUUUAAUGUGA